AUGUCAGAUUUAAUUUCAUAUUCAAUUAUGAAAUCUAAUUCAUCAUCAAAUAUUUCAAGUACAAUUAGUACUCCAAAAUUAUCAAAUCAAAAUAUACUACCUUCAUUAAAUUUAUCACCAAAUUCUCAACAAAUUCCAUCAAUUUCACAAUUAACAUCUUUUUAUAAUCAAAAUUCACAACAAUUUGAUCAAUCAUGUAUAAUAUUACCACCAUUAGGUAAUAAUAAUUUGAAUUCAAACACAAGUUAUACUUCAAGACCAACAAUGUAUCAUCAACCUUCUUUAUCAACAAGUUCAUUAUCUUCAAUAGGUUCAAUUACCCCUCAAUAUUCUCAGCAGGUGCAACAACAACAACAACAACAACAACAACAACAACAACAACAACAAUUAACCGAAUCAAAUUUAAACAACUUUGAAACUUAUAGAAAUUGUCAUGGUUUAGGUUUAUUAAGUAGCGCUAUAAUAUUAGAUCAACAACAACAGCAACAACAAAAUCAAUUACCUUAUCCUCAUUCCACAAAUCAAAGAUCCUCAUCAGUACCAUCAUUAAUGUCAUCCGGUUCAUCACCAUCUUCAUCAUGUUGUUCAUCAUCAUCAUCACCUUCAACUCCAGAAUUUACCCAUUCUACAAUAAAUUUUAAAAAUUCAUCCCCAAUUAAUAUGAAAGCUUCAAUAAUAACAACCACAAAACCAUUAUCUACAACCUCAUCACCAAAGAGAAGACAAAGAUUAGGUCCUUCAUGUGAUUCUUGUAGAACUAGAAAAGUCAAAUGUAAUGCAGAAAUUCAUAUCUUAUCAACCAAUUUACAAGAAAUAAUAAAUGAAUAUAAUUUAUCUGAACAACAAAUUAAAGAAUUAUCAAUAAAUAAUAAAACUUCACUCAUUAACAAUAUGUCAAUCAUUAAAAGUAAUAAGAAAUUUAUAAAAUUUAAAUCUUGUAAUAGUUGUUUUUGUAAAAAAAUUGAUUGUUCAUUUUCAAAAGGUUUUACUAAGGAAGAUAUAUUAAAUCAAAAAAAAUUAAAAAAACAACAAUUAAUUUUACAAAAACAACAAAAUAAAGAUUUAGUUGUUUGA